AUGACAACCUCGUCAACUGUUGCCGCUGCAGUUGUCUUGCUCCUCCUGGUGCUUUUCUCUUCUUCUCAAGGCAUAGGAGCCAAAUGCUCCAAGAGUGAUAUAAUGGUGGUGCAAAGCCAAGGUCCACCAAAGUACAAUGGAAUUCCGACAUACGUGGUAGAGAUAUUAAAUCGGAGCCCCAAUGGAAUAAGCAUUUCCGAUAUCCAUGUCAACUGUGGGUGGUUUAGCUCCGCAGACCUCAUAAACCCUAAUACAUUUAAGCGUCUUAAAUACAAUGAUUGCCUCGUCAAUGGUGGACGGCCUCUUCGUGCCGGUUACGCCCUUUCUUUCACCUACACCACUACCUUCAAAUACCCUCUUUCUGUUUCCUCCAUUCAAUGCUGA